GGCGCGGGCUGGGAUGGCCGCGGCGGCGCCGAGGGCGGCGCGGGUCCUGGCCCCGCCGGUGGGUCGGACAGCGGGAUGAAGGCGAUCCCCGGCGGAGGGGGCGCGGCCGGCUGGCAGCGGGCGCAGGAGGCGCUGCGGCGGCAGCGGAUCAGCCAGCAGCAGCAGCAGCAGCAGCAGCAGCAGCAGCAGCAGCAGCAGCAGCAGCAGCCGCAGCAGCGGCAGCAGCAGCAGCAGCAGCAGCAGCCGCAGCAGCUGCAGCAGCAACAGCAGCAACAGCAGCAACAGCAGCUGCAAUUUUGA